AGUUAUGAGCAGUUAAAGCACAGAAUUUCCGAUUUCCUAUUCCAUUUGCUUCACCGAAGUAAUAACUGCAAUUUGUUAAGAGCCGUUUUAGCAAAAGAGAAAGGAAGUUACAAAAGAAGCAGGCAAAUUCCCGUUAUGGCGGUUGUUGCAGUGACAGCAACCACGUCGUCGUUCACUCUGGUGAAGCUUCAGCAUCUUCCGUCAGCUCCUACUUGGAGGAAAUCCGGGGUUGGGAAGCAAAACCCAGGAGGAAAAUUAGGUUCGAAAUUUUUGGGUGUGAAAGCGAAGUUUGGCUCUUUCAAGAGUGGUGGUGCUGGUGUAUUGGAACGACCCAGCUUGGACCAGUCCCAGUUCGACCCUUCUACUCAAGUUCUUGAAGGUGGUGAUAUUGGGCGCCUGAGGGAUCAGAAAGGCACUGGGAGAGGAGACAGUUAUAGAGUUCUGCUGAUUGAUGAUACUCGCCAUUCGGAAAACUUGGUUGCAAAGGUUUUGCCCCAAAUUGUUCCAUCUGUUACACCUGAUGGUGCAAGAAAACUGUUUCAUGUAUCGCGAGAGAAUGGAGUGGCAGUUGUAAUCGUCACAGUUAAGGAGCAUGCUGAAUUUUAUUCACAAAUGAUGGUUCGUGGGGGAUUACGAUCAACUAUUGAGCCUGAUUCAAGUGUACUGUAAAGCAGUCAAGAUUAUAUGUUCUAUGAACUGCAACAAGCAAAGACUUAGCAGUGACAAUUUUGGAAAUUGAUUCAGACCCAGAUAGUAAAGGGAAAAUUAGAUGAAAUGCAGAGAGAUUGUAUACAGCAUCUAUACUUCAUUAUGAGGACUUUGAUGACCUCAAAUUCAAAUGCAGCAGUUAGAUUGCAGAUUUUGUCGUCUGCUGUGUACAGUUUUUGUUCCAAUGAUAGCUUUGUGAGUUGAUCUCUUCCAUAUGUUGAAAAAAACAAGGAAACCCUAAAAUGGUUAUUCAACCACUUGGUGGUUAUACUCUAGUAUGCUGCAGGGUGCAGAGUUAGUAAAAUGCUUACUUUCUUAUGCUUGAUGCUGCUUUUUCUUGACUCUUAGAAAUGGUCCCAAUACUUAUCUCUUUCUUUAAUCUAGGAUUACUUGAAUUGGGAAGAAACAGAUGAAUAUUCCUUUAUUCUCAUGUGAAAGGGUGAAUGCCAUUUGUGGCUUAUGACGUGGAACAAGGAGCUGACAUUACGUAAUAGGAAAGAUAUAUGUAACAAUUCCUUGAAGGCUCGUUUAGCUUUAUGUCUAAUAUACUAUUUUUAGUCAUUAUAGUAAUGAAACUUUAUAGUGGGUUUGCUUU